AUGAGAGGGGAGGCUGUGUGCCAGCGGAGGAAAAAAAAAAAGCAGAGGAGAUCUGCGCUGUGCGGCCGCCGUCCAUCUGGCCACCUAGCCGCCAAACGCUCUUUCAGCUCUGAAGUCACUGGCUCUGCUGCGCCCAAUGUGGCAGCCAGUCACAGGCGUACCAGCCUGAAGAAAACUAGGCCACUGAACUCUGUCUGCCCCCUGUGUUUUUCCUCCUUUUUUUAUAGAUUAAACCCAAAAGGCUCAACUCCCCCUCUUCCUGGCCACAAAGCAUUUUUUCCAGAGAUGCAGAAGAGUAAACACAAACAACCUCCCAUGUUUGAGGAGGAGUCUGUGUCAGAGGACGCAGAGCAAAAUUAA